AUGGAAUGCAAUGCUUGUGAACUUAAUGGUUUAAGUAAAAAUAUAUCUGAUAGUAUUAGAUUCAACAUUAAUUCAGAUAAUUAUUUAGCAACGGAUUCAGAUUCUUCAUCAGAUUCUGAAUCUGAUUAUGAUGAUGGAGCAAUGGAAAGUCAUGAAUUUUAUAGUGAUCUAAUCAAUGUGGAUGAAGAAGAUAAAGAUGCGGCAAUGACACAAAACUUUGAUGAAAUUAAAACUGAGAAAAUAAAUUUUACUGGUAUGCGUAUAUUCGAUUCGAUUAAUCCAGCAAUGAAAAACUCCUAUUUUCAAGUGCAAAUAAAUAACAAGACUAAAUUUAUACACAAGCAAACGGCUUGUUGGUUAUUGGCCGACAAAGUUAGCCGCUUAUCGGCUGAUAGAUUAUCGCGAGUGAUAGAAACAAACAAAAAGGAUUGAAAAUCUUCAUUAGAUUGAUCUGGAUAGAUGGAAAAUUUCUUAUAAAAAUAAACCACUUCAUUCAAAAAGCAUUCACUUAUUUAUUAUCAUAUUUUCUAAGAUCAAACAAACUUGAAUUUUUUCCAGUGCAUUAAAAAAAACAAUAAAAAGUUCACCUUUCUACUAAAAUAAGACCGUCGAAAACAAGACGAUUUCAUUGGUUUCUUGUGAAUUUUCAUGCACGAAAUGUAUUUCAAAGCUUCCAGAAGACUUCUAGAGACUUCAAGAGACUUUAAAAGACUUCAGGAGACUUCAUCAGACUUCAAGAGACUUCAUCAGACUUCAAGAGAUUUCAUCAGAUUUCAAGAGACUUCAUCAGACUUCAUCAGACUUUAGGAGACUUUAGAGACUUCAAGAGACUUUAUGAGAAUUCAUGAGACUUCAAGAGACUUCGAAAGACUUUCAAGACUUCAUGAGACUUCAGUCGUGAAGUCUCCGCUGUUUCCCCCUUGCAUGAAAAGUAAAAUUGAUGGAUCUCAAAAGUCUUUCGUAUGAAACG